AUGAGCAAGAAUACCAUGAAACUGCAGGGAAGACAGCUUUUUGAAAAGAUAGGUAAACCAACCAAGAUUGUGGCGCCAAUGGUGGAUCAAUCUGAAUUAGCAUGGAGAAUCCUCUCGAGAAAGUAUGGUGCAACGUUAGCAUAUACACCAAUGUUCCAUGCCAAAUUAUUUGCUACCUCAGAUAAAUACAGAAAUGAUAUGUGGUGCUCUCUGGAUGGUGAUCCAACUACUGAUCGACCACUGGUGGUGCAAUUUUGUGCUAAUGAUCCUGAAUAUUUAUUGACAGCUGCUAAGUUAGUCCAAGAUAAAUGUGAUGCUGUGGAUUUAAAUUUGGGAUGUCCUCAAGGGAUUGCUAGAAAGGGACACUAUGGAUCAUUUUUAAUGGAAGAAUGGGACCUCAUUCAUAAAUUAAUUAAAACUUUACAUGACAACCUAGAUGUUCCAGUGACAGCAAAGAUUCGUGUGUUCCCUGAACGUGAGAAAACUUUGGAUUAUGCCAAGAUGGUUCUUGAUGCUGGUGCUCAAUUUUUAACUGUCCAUGGGAGGCUAAGGGAGAUGAAAGGCCAGAAGACCGGAUUAGCUGAUUGGGAUAUUAUCAGAUACUUGCGAGAUAAUUUACCGAGGGAUACCGUCUUUUUUGCUAAUGGUAAUAUAUUAUACCCAGAUGAUAUAAGUAGAUGCAUGAAUGAAAUCCAUUGUGAUGCUGUGAUGAGCGCUGAGGGAAAUUUAUAUAACCCCGGUGUCUUCAAUGGUGAUGAAGAGAUGGAUGUUGAUGCGAAUAAGGAUAAGAUAUUCCCACGUGUAGAUAAAGUUAUAAGAGAAUAUUUUGAGAUUGUUAAACAUUGUGAAGGGUCUCAAGCUUCCAGGAUUGCAAUGAAAUCACAUUUCUUUAAGAUUCUUCGACCUUUCCUCCCACAACACACCGAUAUAAGAUCAGAACUAUCGAAGAUGAAUGCAAAAAUACCAUUUGAAGAAUGGGAUACCAAAGUGGUGAAACCUGUGGAGGAUGUAGUUGCAAGAAUAUUUGAGGAGCAGGACAUUGAAGAAAAGGACAGGAUAAUUGUUGGUCCUAAAGAACUUUGGGGUGGUCAUUAUAAAACCGUUCCUUAUUGGAGAUGUCAGCCCUAUUUUAGACCUGUUAACGGAGUUACAGCUGAUAAGAGAGUUGUACAAGCCUUGGAAAAUAAGAUAAAUGAGCAAUCUCUAAAUAGUGAUGAUAAUGAAAAAAAGAGGAAGGCAGAAAAUGAAUUAGAGAUGCCAGCCGGUAAAGAAUUAAAAGUAUGA